AUGGCACUGGAGUCAAAGAUUGUCGGGACGGGGACAGAGUGUCGAGAUCCAAGGCUGGAGGGUCGAGGGUCGAGGGUGAACGCAUUUGAAGGUUGCGAGUGUCGAGUGUCGCAUGUUGAGUGUCGCGUGUCGCGGCUAAUUGCUUUCAAUACUGUUAACUCUUGCAAAUCUGCAGCAGCGCGGCCAUACUGCACGCGUGUGGCGCAAGAAAACGCUGCUAGCUAUCGAACGAGCGAGUUGCUUAAAGAAAGAGGUCUCACCAAAAGAAAUAAUUUAACAAUGGAUUAA